UUUUUUUCUUUUUUAUCAAUAAAUUAUACUUCAACAUUGAACAUCUAUACACAUGGUUUGUAAAAAAUGCGAGAAGAAAUUAACGGCUUUAGCAGCGCCUGAUAAAUGGAAAGAAGGCUCGAAAAAUGCAGUGGCGGGUUCAAGCGGCAGAAAGUUAAAUCAAAACAAACUAUUAUCAAAAAGCUCAAAGACGAGAUUCAACCCGAUUGAGACAAAAUGUAGAUUAUGCAAAACCAGAGUUCAUCAGGAAAAAGCACACUACUGUCAAGAUUGUGCUUACAAAAAGGGGAUCUGCGCCAUGUGUGGAAAGCAAAUUUUAGAUACCAGUUCUUACAAGCAAUCAUCGACCUGAUCGAACGACACAAGGGUAUAGUAGGUUUUUAUUUAUUCGGUCGAACAAUAAAUAGCAGAGGAGAAGCCUUAAAGACCAUGUUUUAGCCAAUCAAUAGCGUCUUUCUCUGUAAUGUUUGAAUAGCCAAAAUGAGCAGGCGAGAAGAAGGAUUGAGUUUGCGUUUUUUUCAUUUGCGGUUGUAAUGAUUGUGAAGCUUGCUGCUGCUGCUGCUGCUGUUGCUGCUGCUGUUGUUGUUGUUGUUG